UUCUUCUUCUGUAUUUCUCUGCAGGAUUUCAAUGCAGAGACUCAAAGUGGACUAAAAACUGGACCAGAACAGGACGAUGGUUCCAGUGAAACUCCUCGUACUGGGAGCUCAGAACACGGGGAAGACAGCUCUGUGUGUUCGUUUCAUCACCAAGCGCUUCAUCGGAGAGUACGACCAUAAGAAGGAGAUGACGUACAGGUGCAGCAGACAGGUGGAUCAGGAGUCUGUGGAGCUGGAGAUCUUGGAUGUGGCUCGUAAGGAGAGCUCUGUGGCGUCUCUGGAGUCCUCGAUCCGCUGGGCAGACGGCUUCCUGCUCCUCUACUCCAUCACACACCGCCUCAGCUUCAUGGAGGUCCCUCGACUCAAGAAACUCAUCGAGCAAACCAAACAGAGUCUGGUCGUCCCCACAGUGCUGGUAGCCAAUAAAGCAGACCUGGAGAUCGGCAGAGAGGUGACGACAGAGGAGGGACAGAGACUGGCUAAAGAUUUAAGGUGUGGUUUCAGGGAGCUGUCAGUAGCAGAGGCUGUUCUAGCUGUGGAGGCAGCGGUGCUUCAGCUUAUCAGGCUGGUGUUGGAUCAGCAGCGCCCCCAUCCUGACCGUCGCUCCUACAUGCUGAGUGUUCGCCACGCUCUGACCAGGAAGCUGACCCGAUCCAAGACCAUGCAGUGGUGACCACAGCAUCCAGGGGACUGUUUGUGUUGUCUGUCUGGACACUGCAGAGUCACUUUGGUAUCAGAUUUAUAUAAUGUUAGAAAUACAGAUUAUAAUCCCAAUACCUGGAUCAGAGAGAUGUGUUUACUCUCCAGUAGAGGGCGGUAGAGUCUAAGAUUUGGAGGAUGUAGAGAGACAAAGGGAAGCAAAGAGUUGAGGCAAGGAGUCAAACCUGUGAUUAGAUUAGAGAAGGUUUAAAAUUAGCUUUAACAUAUGUUUUCCUGAUACUGAUGUUACGCAGGCAUUGUUUUUACUCAGAUUGAACUUUUACCUCCAUAUCUUCGGCUGUAUUUCUUCUAUGUUUCAACCACUCAUUUUCUAUGUAUCUCUGUCAUUCAACAUCUAAACUGGCCGUGCAUGAAUGUGAACACGUGGUUGUGUUUGUAGCAACAGUUGCCAAUUCACAUCUUUGAAUAUAAGAAUGCUAAAAGUAAAAAAGAAAGGUUAAGCGUGUGCAAACUUUCAGAGUGUGUUGGAGUAAUCUUAGGAUGAGGCUGAACGUCGUCACGUGAGAGUUACACGAGAUUUCCUCAAACUGUGACAUCACAGAUUGGGGGAUCUCCUUAAAAGGGCAUAAUAAA